GGACCGCUUGUAACAGCCUAAAUAUGGUUCUUUUUGUGUAAAACACCUUCGAAAUGUUUUAAUUAAGUAAGUAUUCUAAUGAAACAAUGUGCUUUUACGUACGCGUUGCAGUCAAAACCUCCAGAAACGGCUCCCAAACGUUCUGCCGUUUCAUCCCCACCAAAGGAUGCGCGACAAGGAUGGCACGAGCAUUGCGCAAAACCGCGAACGAGAUGGGCACAGUACGUACCGUUUGACAGCAGUGUGCAUUUUAGCGAAACAUACCAACAGCAUAAAAACACGUCGCAGCCGGCAGCAGGUCGAUUGGAACGGGGCGUGAAGCAGCAGGUGUUGGGCCGGGACGGGUGUUCGAGUCUGGGGGAGAAGACGGUGCGUUUUUCUCUACUGUUUCCUCUGCCAGCUGAAGACUGAGCUGCUGAGCCACGGUGCUGCCAGUCAGUCGGUGGACGGACGAAUCAUCUUCCGCGAUCGUUCCGCGGUGGCAUCCGCGGAGAAGGAGAGCAAACACACGGUGUAAAACUUGUUUGUUCGCUCGCACCGGACACGGGUUCGCGGCUAGCGGCACUAGCAGCGAGCGUUCAGUCUCGAAAGGUAUACGGCCGCGAACGGACACGGAACAAAAGGAACCUGGUCUACCCGGUCGCACAGUACAGUGCUGUAAGUGCGUGGCGGAUUGCUGUGAAUCAUAGCGGAUCGUGGUUGCCGUGGAAACUGUCACCAGCCGGGUGUUUGAUCGCUGGUUACGGAUUACGAACAUCCGGAUGACAUAACCCUUCCCAGUGGUGCUGUGAUUAAAACGCGCGGAACCGUCUAGCAACUGUUGUGAUUGUACGUAGAGGCUUACUAUCGUGCACCAUCCUUGCACUGACUACGGAUCUGUGAUUCCGGAUUUCCCUCGCGCUUUCCCCACAAUCCUCCACAUUCCGCCAGGUGGAUUAUGUAACGUGGCUUCCGAGGGAGCAGCACCGAGCGCCAAGAUAACCCGUUCAUCCGACUGACCAAAAUUGCGGCUGGAUACCGGUUUCCGAACAGUGUGACCUACUAACGGGCGCGAGUAACGGGGCUUCGGAACAGGGAACGGCGUGAUUCGAUAGGUUUUCCUUUUGUUUCACACACACACGCUUGCCAGCGAAGAAGCAAGAGAGGACCAAAACCGUUCGGUUUUUUUUGUAGACCACCCGUGCCACAAGCAACCAGCAAUUUAAAGCCUCGAAGCCACAUACAGACGGGUGGAAGAAAAACGGGGCAAAAAAGCAGAUUACUCUUUGCAGAGUGGAAAGCGAGCCAGCAAGCGCGAAGAAAGUCUCCAAGCGGUUCGGCCUUUAGUAAAACAACGUGAAAUCGAAUCGCGGUGAAAAGAAAGCUUCUUCGGUGACUGCGUGCUAGCAGUGUCCACGUGUGUGUGUGCGUGAUCGUGUGUGUGUGUGUGUUGGAGAAAGUUACGUGCGAGCGUGCCCGCCAACUCGGAAAGAUGAGCACAGCCGCCGGAUGCGAGCCGGACCGUUGGCCGGAGAGCGUUGGCAUUGUUGGGCUGGAGAUCGUCUUCCCAUCACAGUUCGUCGACCAGACGGAGCUGGAAGCGUUCGAUGGGGUGUCGGCCGGCAAGUACACGAUCGGGUUGGGCCAGCAGCGCAUGGGGUUCUGCUCCGACCGGGAGGACAUCAACUCGCUGUGCCUUACCGCGGUGCGGAAUUUGCUCGAUCGACACGGUACGAAGCUGGCACAGAUUGGGCGACUUGAGGUCGGUACCGAGACGAUCGUGGACAAGUCGAAGAGCGUCAAGUCGGUGCUGAUGCAGCUGUUCGAACCGGAAGGUGUGACCGAUCUGGAGGGAAUCGAUACAACGAACGCGUGCUACGGUGGUACGGCCGCGCUGCUGAACGCGAUCAACUGGGUAGAAUCGUCCAGCUGGGACGGCCGUUUGGCACUGGUUGUGUGCGGUGAUAUUGCCGUGUAUGCGCAGGGUUCGGCCCGUCCGACGGGUGGAGCCGGCGCUGUGGCCAUGCUGGUGGGACCGAACGCACCGCUACGGUUUGAGCGCGGGCUGAGAGCGACCUACAUGAAGCAUGCGUACGAUUUCUACAAACCUGACCUCAGCUCGGAGUAUCCCGUGGUGGACGGGAAGCUUUCGAUCCAGUGCUACCUAAGUGCCCUUGACGCGUGCUACCAGCUGUACCGGAAGAAGUUUGCCGAGCGCCACCCGGACAUUGUGACGCCCGUCACGCUCGACACGUUCGACGCGAUGAUCUUCCACAGCCCGUACUGCAAGCUGGUGCAGAAAUCGUUGGCACGUAUCGGGCUGAACGAUUUCAUGCUCGCGUCGGCGGACCAGCGCGCCAAGCUGUUCCAGGGGCUGGAGCAGUUCGAGAAGGUGCGGCUCGAGGAUACGUACUUCGAUCGGGACGUGGAGAAAGCGUUUAUGGCGCGUUAUGCGGCGUCGUUCGAGGCCAAAACGAAACGCUCGCUGCAUCUGGCCAGCCAGGUCGGCAACAUGUACACGCCGUCCGUGUACAGCUGCCUGGUGUCGUUGCUGAUCGGGUCGGACGUGGACGAGCUGCUGGGCAAGCGGGUUGGCGUGUUUUCGUACGGAUCCGGGCUGGCGUCGUCGAUGUACUCGAUCGCGAUCACAACGGAUCGGGAGCGGUUGGCUGAGUUUAAGCGUCACCUAAACUACGUGCAACCGCUGCUGGACCGUCGAUCGAAGGUAGAUCCGGCCGAGUUUACGAAGCUGAUGGAGGUGCGCGAGAAGAACAACCAUGCGGCACCGUACGAACCGUCCGGCUCGGUUGAUGUGCUGUUCCCGGGCACCUACUACCUGCAGGCAGUUGAUUCGAUGCAUCGGCGAACGUACGAGCGUGUACCACCGGAGCAGCCGUCCUCGUGAGCGGCGACGGACACACCACCAUGACCCGGAACCGGAACGAAAGAUUUUUUUCCGAUACUCGAACACAUAAACGCAAACACAUGCCGACCGACAGACGAACACAUCCAAACGCUUUUCGCUUUUUUAUUUAAGCUUUUCUCGCGAUCGCCGAGCGAUCAGCAUGUCAGAGACUGUGGAGAACAAACGGUUACUUAUUCAGAAGAUCCCAGCUAGUAGAGCCAGUCAGGAAGAUUAUCAUCGUACCAUUUUGCUACACGGAGAGAGUUGAUUUGUUUUUUUUUUAUAAUAUUGGUUUAGUUAGAAUAGCUAGAGAAACACGCGUACGCCACCAAAACCCUUUCGACCACCUCCGGUACGGUAUCCGUUCUUUUUCUUCCGCUUUCUACCGUGGUGGUCCAAGUCGGUGGGUGGUUGUGCGUAAUUCGUUUGUCCGUAAUUUGUUUUUUUUUUUUAAUGCGAUGAUACUAUCAAGGACAAAAUGUAUGGUGAAUUGUAUGACAAACUUCA